AUGGACGGCGUGCCCUGGGAAGAUCUCCCCCACGACGACUACGGCCCCGGGCUCCUCGCCACGGUAUGGACGCUCGCGGCCGUCGCCGGCGCCUUCAUCGGCCUGCGGGUCUACUGCAAGUUCUCGCGCGGACGAGGGCUCUGGCUGGAUGACCACGUCUUGUUUGCAUCAUGGUGCGCCAUGUUGGCCCUGUGCGCCUUCAUCACCGUCGACGUCUCAUACGACUUUGGCAAGCACAACUGGGACAUCACGCCGGGCAACUGGUCUUGGCUGCUGCUGUACGCCAACCUGGCCGGGUCCCUCUCCAUCAUCGCGGCGGCGUGGAGCAAGACGUCGUUCGCGCUGACGCUGCUGCGCAUCGCCCAGGAGUCGCCGGAGCGCUGGAUGAAGCGGCUCGUCUGGUUCAUCAUCGUCUCCAUCAACGUCGCCCUCGGGCUCAGCGUGCUCUUCACCUGGAUACAGUGCUGGCCCGUCGAGAAGACGUGGCGGACGGCCUCGACGCCCGGCACGUGCUGGCCCAAGAGCGUCGUGAUGGGCUACAACGUCUUCACGGCGGCGUACUCGGGCGCCAUGGACAUCGUCCUGGCCGUCUUGCCGUGGAGGAUCAUCUGGGGUCUCACGAUGACCAAGAGGGAGAAGCUCGGUGUCUUGAUCGCCAUGAGCAUGGGAGUGUUCGCCGGCGCCGUGUCGUUUAUCAAGAUACGGACAAUCGCCGCCAUCGGGGCGUUCGACAUCAUCGACACCGUCGAGCUGGUGAUCUGGGGCGCGGCGGAGAGCGCCGUCACCAUUAUCGCGGCAACGAUACCGAUCCUGCGGGCUCUGUUCCGCGACAACCGGCCGGCGCCGGCACGCUUCGCGACGGACGAAGAGUCGAUGAUACGGCGGCUCGGCGCGGUGACGGUGGCGGCGCCGGUGGCGAGGGGGUCGAGAUCGGACCUCGAGCUGGUGGAGUGGAAACACACGACGCCGCUGGAACACAAGGGGGAACGGAGCUUGGAUUCCAGGUACAGGAUAUGGAGGGCGAGAGGGACCGUGAAGAAGCCGCGACGAAUGGAGCCUACGACACCACCCGACGUGUUCAAAGGGAGACAUGGCGACCCGGAGUACAGCGGGUCGAUGGAGCUGUCUCGAAGGCUACGUUAG